CCGCAAGCUGUACCUUAAUUGCAAUCAAAACAAUUCGAUGUAACACUCUUCUGUUCCGCUAGAUAAUUUUCUUAGUUCCUCAAUUUGGAAUACAUUUUAGGUUUUUUGGGAGAUCAAGGUGCACUAUUCAUUUAGGCUUUGGAAACCGACGGAUUACGCAUAAAGUCACGAUGUUUCUCAAUAUAAUGACUGUUUUCACAGUGUGGAUGCAAUUACAUAUCUUGAUCACAGAAACAGGAGCCCUGCCGAGAUGGAGUUCAGUAUCACCUAAGAAUCAUGAUCGAGACAUAAAUGAUGGUUGCGUUGUUGGUCGUUGUGUGCGACUUUCGGAAUGCCCUGCUCACGCUACUCUUUUUAAACCAACUGGAGAAUGCGCUGUCAGAGAGAACGGACCUUGGAUAUGUGCUCUUGAGGGAGACAAUAAACCGAACACUCAUUCAAAUAUCAACGACAAUCCAGUGAAUGUCAUUUCUGAAUCUACAAAACUGACAUCAUCUGGACACUGGAAAACAACUCCCCAUUGGAGAAGGAAUCCACCUCCGAAGUCUUUGAUUAAAACAACGACACAGCGUCCAUAUGAUGCAACCACUAGAAAAUCGGUUCCAAAUAAUGACAAGGAUUUAAGAACGUAUACCAGUGUACCUGACAAAUGGAACAGAAACACUAAAGAUGCCUUAACUACUUCCAGUUCGCGGGAGAAAACAAGUCAACAUUUUUGGUUGAGAUCUACUUCCAAACCAGAAAAUAGGUGGACUUCAGAAGAUAAGCUAUCAUCUUCUGGUAUAAGAUUUCCGACAACGCAAAAAACAUGGAAUAGACAGCCAAGUCACCCAAACAGACAAAGUACACAAUUUUCUCACAGAUCAACUACCCCCAGAAUGGAGGCCAAACCAGACUCGCGAAUAGUUCAUAACCCAUAUAUUGUCAGUUCUGAAAGGAUAACAACAAAACUUAGUUCAACGACUAAAAACCCGAUUUCGAAUAAUGAAAGGAUAUGGAAAACAUAUCCUGCCUCAAGUGACCAGUGGAAUAGAAACACAAAAGAUGAGUUGACUACUCCUAUUUCUGUGGACAAAGCGAAUCAAGAUUCUUGGCGUAUAGCCUUUGCUUUUAAACCAGAGAAUAAAUGGACUAAAACUUCAGAAGAUAAACCAUCACCUGCUGAAAUUAGAUAUCCUACAACGAAGAAAACGUGGAUUAGACCAUCAGAUCAAUCGUUUAAAAAGACUACAUAUUCCUGGCGGAAACCAGUUAAUUCUAACACAGAGAAUAAACCACAUUCAGAAAUCUCUCGCAAACCAUAUACUGGGACUUCUGAGAGAACAACAAAGCAUAGUUCUAUAGAAUCCUGGACAGAAAAUUCGAAAUUCUGGGACAGUAAUAGGAACCGAAAGACAACAGCUAUGCCUAAGCAAGAAAGUAAAUCAGCUACAGCAUAUCCUAAAAGGGUAACAGCUAGUAAUAUUGGUGUAAGAGGGCCUUUGGUUGCUGCUGAGAAAAGGAAAACUGCUGGAUGGCAUAGAGAUAUUUCAACUACUAGCGAAAAAUGGAUAGCAUCUAGAAACUCAAGUACUCAGCAUUCAGUUUCCAAAAAAGCUAGCAGUACAACUCCUUUGCCGAACGUCAAUAUCCAAUUGUGUGGACUCCGCAACGUCGAUCAAGGUACAAAUCGAAGAGUUAAAAAAAAUCUACCAAAUAGUAAUAAUGAUGCUGCAGUCUUAAAUCAUAUCUCUGGAAGAAGUCGCGAACCUUUUCAACGAAUUGUAGGUGGUAAAGAAGCCAAACCUUUUUCCUGGCCAUGGGUGGCUGCUUUAUACAAGGUCACAGAACAAGGAGGUAACCGGUUCCUCAGCGCAGGAUCUCUCAUCAACGAACAUUUUGUGCUUACAGCAGCUCAUGUUUUUACGUCAGAUGAUUUAAGGUCAUCAUCGUAUGUGGUGAUGUUAGGGACUCACACUGCAAAAGAGGCAGUAGCCGAAUAUAUGGUAACGUCGGUAAUCCGACAUCCAGAAUAUCAACAACGCUAUUAUUAUAAUGACAUCGCUCUGCUAAGGUUGGAUCGGCCCGUCUCCUUUAACGAUUAUGUCAUGCCCAUCUGUCUACCAUCCCCUACAGCUCCGCUUCUCAGGGACGAGAACCUUGUUGGCAAGAAUGUCACUGUCAUGGGAUGGGGAGAUGACUCAUAUGGUGGUGUUACUAGCCGGGUACUGAAAGAAGCCACUGUUCCCAUCGUUUCACGGCGAUCGUGCAACGAUUCAUACGUCCGAGUGGCAUCGAAUAGAUUUCCCAAGGGAAUCACCGAAAACAUGCUGUGCGCAGGAUCUCCCAACGGAGGAAAAGAUGCAUGUCAGGGUGAUUCUGGUGGUCCGCUGACUAGCAUGGAAAAUGGAAGAUACACGCAAGUGGGAAUAGUAUCAUUCGGGUACAAAUGUGGAGAUAAAGAAUUUCCUGGUGUGUAUACCAAAGUCGCGCCUUAUCUUAGCUGGAUCGCCCAAAAUACGAUUCAAGACAACUUCUAUCAUGGUUAUGGAGAUUAUCAUAGAAGAUAAUGUUAAUUUCCAGUUCCAUUUGCACAGCUAUUUUGAAGAUAGCUUCCAACAGCUGAUGAAGUGAUGAUAAAUAAUUAUGUGCAACUUUUAGUUGCAUUUUCAGACACAAAUCCAGCUCCGAAGCUUUGCGAUAAUUAUAUCUGGUUGCAGACUACUUAAUGAAAAAGUACGCACAGAAGAAAAGAAUUGCACCUCCGUGAUUGCAAGAUAUAAUGACAAUCAAUUCAAGUUAUACCUUGGACACCUUGCAUUCAUUUUACGAAUCGGACGCGCUAGACAUUUUUGUAAAAGGAUUGUAUUAAUAUGUGGUUCACUGGAUGUAGGAUUACCUGCAUGAAUUUCAAAGACAGUGAUUGUUUUGUCAAAACCUUCAGCAAGUAAUAAAAUUUUGUAAACAGGGUUUGUUUCUGUUUGCUUCUUUUGAAGCAAAAGAAGUAGUCAAAGAAGUUCAAGUCACUAUGCUGAUUAUUAAAUGCAGAGGAUCUGCUAGAUAUUUAAAAGAAUAAGAAAAUAUUUGCAGCUUAUGUUUGCAGCUGCUGUAUUAAGAGAUAACAAACUGUGUUGCUCCUAGACUGAGUGAGCAUAAGAACGAAUAAAUACAUGCCGUGAAUUGUAAAAACUUUAGUUUAUUAUUUUAACAACUACAUGUGUUGAACUUAAAAAAAUUUUUGUGAUGGCUUAAAAGCUAUUGUUUUGCCAAAAGAUAUGUAUUAAAAUAUUAUACAUAAAAUACUGGUUUAACUUAUAUCCAAUGAAAAUAUUAAUACGAGGCAAAACUUCUGAGAGCUGAAGGACAAUUUUAAAGUAGUUUAAACCAUUUCUGUAUAAUAUUUCAUUUCGGUAGUUGACGUGUAAAUAUACUUAAAAUAAAGAAUAUUUUAUAUAGAAAAUUUUAUAUUUUAAAUAAAAUAUUUCUUUUAUAUAAAAUAUAAUAUUUUUAUAUAGAAAGAAGAAACAAAUUUAUAAAACCCUUUAAAUAAAAAAGGGUUUUAUAAAUUUGCUUCAUUUCAUCUUCGAAGCAAUUGCAACGUUUGGUGAACAGAUGGAUAUUAAAGUAAUUAUAAAAUAAGACGUUAGUCUACACUUUUAAUUUAAUAAUUUUUAAGCAAUAAACAUUUUUAAUAAUGCUGUUUCAUUUAAAAAAUAAUUUGUGCUGCCUGUCAUCUCUACUUGUUUCCUUACUCAAACAUUGAUUGCUCAGUUUAAACAAUAAAAGUAUGGAUUGUAAUUUAGCUGAAUUUUCAUGUUGAACUUAAUAUUUAAAUCGUACUGAUUACUUAUUCAGCAGAAUAAUCUUUUUAGUAAUAAUUGCAAUUCUAGAUGCAGUCUCAAAAACUGCUUUUUUUAUUUUUUUAACGCUGUACAUUUCUAUAUGAAAUCUAAUCUAUUCUGAAGUUUUAAUUCACUGAUUUCUCGCUGACGAGCCUCGUCUAUGUUUUAUUGACUUAUUACUGUAUCGGAUAUAAUAUAAGGUGUUCUCCUUUUCUUUAAAAUACCCUCGUAUGAGCCAUUUCCGUCUGAUCCAACUCUACAUAUAAAGAAUAUAUUAAGAUAAUUGAUCACUCGUGUCAUUUUUCAAAGUACUUUCAAAAUUUUUGUCAUCUUACAUGCGACAUUGUCGUGCAUUCGGACCAAUAGUGAUUUAUAAUUUUAUAUGUACGUUUAUUUAAUAUGAACUUUAAAACAAAAUGUUACUUAAUUCUGAAAUCUUAAAGGGAACUGUCAUAUGAAAUUUUAAAUACAAACAAUUAUAAAACAUAAAAUAUAUUGGUUUAGUAACCAGUUAAUGUAAUCUGAUUUCAGUACAAAACAGAGAAUUUUAUGCAUGAAAUUACAGCAAAAAUUUGGCACAUUCUGAGUAUUUUUUUAUGUAUGUUCACUGUAUAUAUUUUGUCACAAUUUUUGUAUAUCAUUUACUACUUAAUAUUAGAUUUUAGUCACUAAAUGCAUUUUACUAAAAUAAGAUUAGUAAUUUUUUCAAAUGCCUUAAAUGUAUUGGAAAAAUUUUAUAUUUAUCUUAAAUGCUUAGAUCUCAUACAGCAUUUUCUUAAUUUUAUGAUAAGCAAUCAGUUAGGUACCUUUUAAAUUAUUAAAUGGUGCAGAUUUAGCAGACAUGUUGAUUACAAUCUAAGUCUCAGGGUUUAUUCAUUGAUAAUAUUUAUUAUAUGAUUUUAUUUUCUUAUCUGCUUAUUUUCUACGAUAUGUAAAAUAUUUUUAACAAAAUAAAAUGUUUAUUUGAGUUUUUCACUGUU